ACUUCAGAGCGACAGUGCAGCCCGGGACCUCCAUCAUCGACAUGGUCAAUGUGACGACAUCACCCAGCAGCAAUGCCACCCCAGAGGGUCUGACUGAGAAGGGGCUGGUGGUCCUGGGCCAGAGGAAAGAGUAUGAUUACAACUACUUUGCCCUGGUGCUGGGUGUGCCGCUCAUCCUGAUCAUCAUCCUGGGCAACGUACUUGUGUGUCUGAGCGUGCUCACUGAGCGCUCCCUGAAGACGGCCACCAACUACUUCAUCAUCAGCCUGUCUGUGGCCGACCUACUGCUGGCUGUACUGGUGCUGCCCCUCUAUGUCUACUCUGAGUUCCUGGGUGGUACCUGGACCCUGAGCACAUACAUCUGUGAUGCUCUGAUGACCAUGGACGUCAUGCUGUGCACCGCCUCCAUCCUCAACCUAUGUGCCAUCAGCGUGGACAGGUACAUAGCGGUGGUGGUGCCACUGAAGUAUAACAGGAACCAGUUCAGCUUGCGGCAGCUGGUCCUCAUUACGGCCACCUGGGUUCUCUCCCUGGGCGUCGCCAGUCCCGUCAUCUUCGGCCUCAACCAGGUGCCGGGCCGCGACCCCACCGUGUGCAAGCUGGAGAACGACAGCUUCGUGGUCUACUCCUCCGUGUGCUCCUUCUUUGUGCCUUGCCCUGUCAUGCUCUUCCUGUACUACUGGAUGUUCCGGGGGUUGAGACGCUGGAGCUCAGGCAGGAGCCGCUCCCAGCUGACGAGGGGAGGAAAAAGGAGCCUGUCCCUGCGCCUCAGCUCCGCUCUGCAGAGGGAGAACGCAGGGGUCAGGGCGGGUGCCAAGGAGAAGGUGGUGUACCUCAUGCCCACAGCUCUCAGCCCGAUGUCACCGUCGGCUGUAUCGAUGGCGUCGCCCACAGCGACCCUGGGGGUGGAGGACAAGCAGCAGGAUGGUUUGGGGGCAGGCGUGGCGGAGAGCGACCCCAUGACUACCCAGAUGGACAGCGUUUCGGACGCGGACCCCACGGAGAGGCCAGCUAGGCAGGGGAAGAGCCUGAAGGAGAAUGGGCUGGCCCACGCUAAGGAUAAUAAGAGGGGGCGCCGUAACAGCAAGAGUAGCAGAGUGAGUGGGAGGGAGCGCAAAGCCAUGAAGGUUCUUCCUGUUGUAGUUGGUGUGUUCCUAGCCUGUUGGACGCCUUUCUUUGUGGUACAUGUGACCAACGUGCUGUGCGUGUCCUGCAAAAUCAGCCCCACUCUGAUCUCCGUGGUAACGUGGCUGGGCUACGUCAACAGUGCUGUCAACCCCAUCAUCUACACUGCCUUCAACGCAGAGUUCCGAAAUGUCUUUCACAAACUUCUCUGCUGUCGAGCAUGAGGCCUGAGUUCUGAGAUCUCUUUGACAAACUAUUCAUUGAGAUAGAACAACAAUUAUCUUUAUGGUUCAACCUGAGACCUGAAUUCUAGAAUGUUGCUCUCGGGCCAUGAGACCUGAAUUAAAUGAUCUUUCACAAAACUCCUCGGUUGCUGGAUGUGAGAGUGACUUCUUUACCCAAAUGGGUUUUCCUGGAUUUAAGUGCUGGCAGAACGUGAGGUUGUCAAAAUGGAUGAACAAUACAGGGGACAACAUGACAGGAUUUGACUGAUGCCUUAGUUGACAUAUUGUGAACUGAAAGACAGUGGCUCACUGUCUCUGAUGUUUCUACAUUGAAGUUGAUACUGUGCGAAAUAUUGCUUGGUUACAGAAGAUGGUGAAUACUGUUAAUAUCAUAGCCCAAAGGCAUAAAAUAUGUGAACAACGUGCACACUUAAGAACAUCUAACUAUUUGAUGUGUGAGUUUUGAUCUCUCUCAGAAUGAAAUGUUGAUGUUAUGUACGGUUCUCAGUUUUGAUUUAAUAAUGUGCAGGUUUUCUGUAUUGGUAUUGCCUUUCAUUUUCUUUCGAAUUGACUUUGUCUCCAUUUAUCCUGAGGAUUUGGGAGACUUUAGGGACAUAGGGUGGCUCAAGAGGAACUUCAAUUACACAGCAAACAUAGUUAAAUCAAAAAUGCAAAAAAACACUCCAUUUUCUAUCUUGUGGAUGACAGACAUUGCCUGUAGAUAAUAUUAUGAACAUUUACGCCACCAGAAGGGACAAAUGACAGACUUCAGGGCCAACAUUGUGGGAAGAACUAUUCAAGAUGAUGUCAUUUGUAAAGUUAUACUACGACCUAUUUUGACGAAAGUGCUGUGAAUGUGACAAAUGUAAACAACUCUCUUUGUCGUCGAUGG